AUGCUUGAUGUUGUUAGAAAUGAAUUUCUUGCAUUUGAAAUUCGAAUUAAUAAUAUAACACUGGAUUUUGAAGUUGGUGCUUUUACUACAAGAAUAUUUAUAAUGAAUUUAUUAAAUCAUUCUGAACGAUAUCCAUAUGCUUUUAAUAUUGUUACUGGAACAACAUUUCAUUUUAUUAUGCGAAUAAUUAUUGUUAAAAUUAUGCGAUUGCUUCGAUAUAGAAAAAUUCAAUUACAUUGA